GUUCUUAUGCCCGUUCGGGUCUAUUAUCCGGGUGUUCGUUCGGGCCAGCCCUGACCGGCCCAUUAGCACCUUCACCUUCUCUGCUGUUGCGGGCGGCGACCUCAACUCCAUGGCCGAAGCCAGAAAUCUCGCGAUCGCCUUCAAUUAUUUGAGAUUAAAAAAUUGGGCAUCGCGUCAACGUUAACUAAUUGAAAAAGUCGCGAAAAUGCUGGCAACCUCGAGCUCUUUCUUUCCGGAUCUUUCUAUUAAUUGUAGAACUGUGAUCCAUUUGAUCCCAGCUGCAACAAGAAGCUCCGUCUUCUUCUCUCUCUAAAAAUCUGAGUUUGGCUGCAGAGCUCCCUUGACCUCCAUAAAUGGCGACGAAGGUUUACAUUGUGUAUUACUCAACUUAUGGGCAUGUUGAGAAACUUGCUCACGAGAUAUUGAAGGGUGCCUCUUCAGUUGAAGGUGUGGAAGCUAAGCUGUGGCAGGUUCCAGAAACGCUCCCAGCAGAAGUGCUUGGCAAGUUAGGUGCACCUCCCAAGAGUGAUGUGCCAGUCAUCACAGCCAGCGAACUUCCUGAAGCUGAUGGGUUUAUCUUUGGUUUCCCCACUAGAUUCGGAAUGAUGGCUGCACAAUUCAAAGCGUUCUUUGAUUCCACUGGUGGCCUGUGGAGAACUCAACAGCUUGCAGGCAAGCCUGCUGGUAUCUUUUUCAGCACUGGUUCUCAGGGGGGUGGCCAAGAGACUACUGCCUUGACCGCUAUAACUCAGCUGGUUCACCAUGGAAUGAUCUUUGUGCCAGUUGGCUAUACUGGAGGAGCUGGAAUGUUUGAGUUGGAGAAGGUGAGAGGUGGCUCUCCUUAUGGUGCUGGAACUUUAGCUGGGGAUGGAUCGAGGCAGCCUUCUGAGCUUGAACUGCAGCUUGCAUUUCAUCAGGGUCAGUAUUUUGCCGGCAUUGCAAAGAAGUUUAAGGCCUCUGCUUGAACUCUCUAUAUGAACUAAAUUUGCGGUUCUGCAUGCUUCUAUUUCUGUUGUUCUUCCCUUUGAUUUUCUCCUGAAAGUUCUCAUAAAGAAUAACUUGCUCGCAUUGUACUUGUGAUUUCUUGGUAGAGCUGCUUUUCAAAUGGUACCAGCUGAGGAAAUGAAUGAAAUUUGGGAUUGGAUUUGGUUCA